GACGCAACAGGAACUUCAAAAACGUACACAACAAACAUGGCGUCUCCCAGCGAGGCAGAUGUGAAUGUUUCACACGUGGAAAAAAAGAAAAAGCGUCCAGUUCGUUACUGGCAGGGGACAGAAGGCAAAACGAAAGAUGACAACAAAACUGAAGGACAACCUGAGCAGCAGAAGAGGCAACAGAAUCGAAUAAAAAAGAAAAGGAAGCGAGAUGAACAGCCGGAUGGUGGGAAGAAAGUCAUAUCGAGGCGUCCAGUUCGUUACUGGCAGGGGACAGAAGGCAAAACGAAAGAUGACAACAAAACUGAAGGACAACCUGAGCAGCAGAAGAGGCAACAGAAUCGAAUAAAAAAGAAAAGGAAGCGAGAUGAACAGCCGGAUGGUGGGAAGAAAGUCAUAUCGGGGAAAUCCGACCCUUUCCCCGGGCCUCCUCCUAUCCCGAAAGACAAGCUGGAGAAAUUCAAGAGAAAAGGCAAAAUUCAGAAGCCUCUUCAGCAUCAUUACAAGCUGAAGGACAUCAUCACUCGCUCAGAGGAAGCUUCAGAAAUGGCCCAGAAACAAGCCGCUCGAUUUGACCUCCUGCUGCCAGAAGACGCAGGCUUUUUAGAAGGAGAUGAAGAUGAGGAUACGUGCAUGAUCUCACAGGAGGAUAUUGCUGAUGCUGUGGACAUUACAUCUGGAGCAAAGCAUUUUAAUCUAAAACUGUGUCAGUUCGGUCCAUAUCGCCUGGAUUACAGCAGAACAGGACGCCAUCUGCUGCUGGGUGGACGGAGAGGCCAUGUAGCUUGUGUAGACUGGCAGUCCAAACAGCUCAUGUGUGAGCUAAACGUCAUGGAGUCUGUCAAUGAUGUCAAGUGGCUCCACACUGAACACAUGUUUGCUGUGGCUCAGAAGAAGUGGCUCCACAUCUACGACUCUAACGGGAUAGAGCUACACUGCAUUCGUAAGUUUAACGACGUCUUACGAAUGCAGUUCCUCCCGUACCACUUUCUUCUGGCUACAGCGAGUGCAACGGGCUUUCUGCAGUACUUGGAUGUGUCCAUUGGAAAGGAGGUGGCAGCCAUCUGCACCAAGACCGGCCGGCUUGAUGUGAUGUGCCAGAACCCUCACAACGCUGUCAUCCACCUCGGCCACCCCAACGGCACAGUUACGCUUUGGUCACCUAAUCAGAAAGAAGCCCUGGUCAAAAUGCUCUGUCACCAGGGUGGCGUCCGUUCAGUCACUGUGGAUAAAACUGGCACAUACAUGGUUACAUCUGGAAUGGAUAAAAAAAUGAAAGUCUUUGACAUCAGAGCUUUCAAGCCCCUCAGGUCCUACUUCCUUCCUACUGGAGCUUCAUGUUUGUCUCUGAGCCAGAGAGGACUGCUGUCUGCAGCCACAGGGGACAUUGUUCAGGUUUACAGGGAUGUUUGGAGCACGCCAGUCACUAAACCCUACAUGGCUCACCGGGUGCGAGGAUCAGUUUGGGGACUUGGCUUUUGCCCCUUUGAGGAUGUCCUCGGAGUUGGACAUGGAGAGGGUUUCACCAGCAUGCUCGUACCAGGGGCUGGUGAGCCUAACUUUGAUGGUCUGGAUACAAAUCCAUACCGCAGUGCAAAGCAGAGGCAGGAGUGGGAGGUCAAGGCUCUGCUGGAGAAGAUUCAGCCUGAACUCAUUACUCUGGACCCCUCAGAGCUGGGUUAUGUUGAUCGUGCUAACUUUGAGCAGAGGCAUCAAGACAGAGUCGAAGCUCUGGGCUUUGAUCCACUUGGCAAAGAGAAAUUUGUUCCGAAACAUAAGAAAAAAGGUCGCAGUUCUGCUGCUGGUAUUGAAAGGCGGAAGAGGCAAGUGGCCCAUGAGGACCAGAGGGACGUUAUCAGAAAAACUGUGGAGGACAGAAUGAAACUGGAGGAAGAGCGAAACAGGAUGAAGGAGAAGAAAGCAGCACUGUCUGGAAAAAGAUCUGCUCUGGACAGAUUCAAAAAAUAGAAAAGGACUCUUUGUGCAACUCAAACGCAGUGACGUUCUGUGGGCGGGAUCUUUGACCUUCACGUUGAAACUUCUUUUUGUUUUUACGACUCAGUGGUUUGCGAGGACAUCGAAAGCAGAGGUUCUUGGUGUCGUGGGCAGCUACAUGGUGCAAAGUCUGGCCCGGGUUCUGUUGGGAAACAGUUCAUGAAAUCAUUGAUGAGAGCACCGGUUGGUCUGCUCUAAUUAUUGACUGUAGCCUGAAGCACAUCCUGUUUGUGAUCAUGUGGUGGAUGGCAGCAGUCACCCAGAUUCUUCUUUUAGUACCAAUAAAAACUUUCCCUGCAUGUU